CUGCAUGGAGUAUUAGUUCUAUUCAUCCCGAGUUCAGUAGUUCAUCCAAAUCCUCCUGAUUCUACACAAAACUGUAUCCUUGAUUGUGAUAACCAGGCCACGAAUAAAGUUAAGCGCCAUUGGUUAGUCGUGGCGACAUGAUAUGCGCUCGCCGUAUAUAGCGAGUUCAUUACAUGUGAAUAUUAUGAGAAAGUUUUGCAACCGCGCGCAGACUGUCCAAAAAUCGAGACAGAUGUAGAUAGCUAGAAGCUGUCUUCUCGCACGUGAUUUGUUAAAGGAAAUGACGUCGAACACAGCUCUUCAACGGGGAUACCGAAACAAUGGCUUCAGUCCGGACGAGGAACUGGAUCCAUUCUACCAGUACCGAAGGCCCGGCGGGGGUGCCGGCACCAGGAACGCCCUGCCGUCCUACGGUUCCAGAGACCGGCCAGCAUUUCGUGGCGACCUGCUGCCGAUUCCCGAUCGCAAGGUUGGGCGCAGUAUCUGCAUGACAAUGGCAUUCUUCGCUGCCUUGGCUGUUAUUCUGCUUGUUGGCCUUGGAAUCUUUGUGGCACUGUACUUUUCAGGUUUGCAGGCUGCAGACUACAGCAGCACGGCAACACCUCGUACAGUUGGAUCAACGUCUGUUGGUAGUGGGACUGGAAGAACGCCCUUAUCAGGACAAGUGUCAAUAGAUAUGAUACUGACGAUUGAUAGGGAUUUCCGAAGUGAAUACAAUGAUCCAACUUCCGCGGAAUACCAAGAGCUAGAAAACACAGUGGCAACAUGGGUUGACUCGCUCCUGAGAAACAGUGGUGUGAUGGCGGUCUACUCACAAAAUCAAAUCAUCGGCUUCAGUGAAGGGAGCGUUCUUGCGGCUCUGAGGUUGAGGUUCCGGGAGGCAUUGAUUGACGUUCCGGAGGUUCCAUCUGACCUGAAUGCGAUCCUGCGAUUGUUUGUUGACGAUGUCGAAGAGAUCAUCAGAAAUGCAAUAGAUCAACCUGGGUGCUGUGCAGGGCUUGAUAUCAUUCGAAAUAUCGUCAAUUCCGCCACUAUCGAUCCACCACCCGAUGAACCGAUUGAUGGUGGGUCUCCAAUAACCGUGAAUCCACAACCUACGGAUCCACAAACUUCUGCACCAAUGGUUCCACAAACUGCUCCACAAACUGAUCCACCGACUGCAGCAGCAUCUGAGGCACCAACUGCUGCGCCAACUGAUCCACCAGUUGAUCCACCAACUGAACCACCAGUUGAUCCACCAACUGAUCCACCAGUUGAUCCACCAACUGAUCCACCAGUUGAUCCACCAACUGAUCCACCAGUUGAUCCACCAACUGAUCCACCAGUUGAUCCGCCAACUGAUCCACCAGUUGAUCCACCAACUGAUCCACCAGUUGAUCCACCAACUGAUCCACCAGUUGAUCCACCAACUGCUCCACCAGUUGAUCCACCAACUGCUCCACCGGUUGAUCCGCCAACUGAUCCACCGGUUGAUCCGCCAACUGAUCCACCAGUUGAUCCACCAACUAAUCCACCAUCUGAUCCACCGACUGUCAAAUCAACUGAUUCACCAACGGAUCCACCAGCAAGCUCAACUAAGCUGCCAAGUGCUUCAACUACUGGUCCACCGAUUGAUCGAUCCAGCACACCAUUCGAUCAACUGAUUCCAACGAUAACAACUCCCCAAGCUGAACCCACCACAAACGAAGCACCGAAUGCGACAUUUUCCUCCACAAGUCCAUCCAUAGAAUCAACUCCAGUACCCCCAGAGGAUCCGUGUGCCAGCAAUGACACGUGCAAGAAUGGAGGGAUCUGCAACUCGACAUUGGACGGUUUUGUGUGUGAAUGCCUGAGCGAUUUUGUUGGCCUUCAGUGCGAGUACCGAAGUAAUCCUUACAACCUGGUCUUAGUUGCCGAUGGUCCUCGGAUCUAUGUCGCGCCUGCAGACACCUUCGACUUCACCGCCAUCCCCGGACUAGACAGGGAACUAGGAAGAGCCGUUGCCGUCGACUAUGACCCAGCGGACGGCAUGGUGUACUGGACAGAUAAUUUGAAGAUGAGCAUUUCUCGUUCACGAUUGGACGGGACUAGCGCGAACGACCUCAUAACUAAUCUCCAGAUUCCUGAUGGAUUGUGUCUGGACACUGAGCAUCGAGUGAUGUUUUGGACCGACAGAGGUAGCGAUUUGAUUGAGCGAGCUACCUUUGAGGGCAUGGAGCGCUCUGUGGUAUUGAAUCUGGCAGACGAAACCGCCGACUUUGUUCAACCUAGAGCCAUUAUUGUCGACACCGUGCACAGUAACCUGUAUUGGACAGACUGGGGCACGUUGCCGAAGAUACAACGUGUAAGCACCAACGGCACAUCUCGAAUUGUACUAGUCGAUACUGGACUAUAUUGGCCCAACGGCCUAACCAUUGAUCAACAAGGCGGUCGAGUCUACUGGUGUGACGCCUACUACGACGCGUUUGAGUCGGUCGACCUUUCUGGGCAAGACCGACGCCUCCACGUACAAUUCUCGGACCAAAACGUUCAUCCGUUUGACGUUUUCUUCUACCAGAACUACUUGUUCUGGACCAGCUGGUUACCAAGCAAUGAUCUGCUUCGUCUGGAGCUUGAUUCUCCAUCAGCGAUCCUGAAGACAGUUGGAAACGUUGACUUUACUCAAAUUGCUGGACUUCAUUUUUACGAUGAUAACUUCGCCAAUCACAGUUGUGUCGACUCCAAGCCUUGCGGGGUUGCGGAGAGAUGCCGCCAAUUCUCAACCUCGUACCAAUGCGUGUGCAGGGAUGGUUUGGAGGGAGAUGGUUGUCAACUUCUAUCACGUGUGAUGGAAAACAUCACUGUAGGCACAAACGAGACUGUUCAAAUCACUUCGCCGGGUUAUCCAGACAACUACCCGAGGAAUGUUGCCGUCACUUGGGUCAUCCGCACGGACGAAAACUGGAAGAUUCGCUUGCUCUUCCCGAAUCAAGACCCCAGCAUCAAGGACGUCUGGCGUGUCGGGAACGGGGAGAAUGUUAGUGAUUCCUCGAGUCUCGUGGCUACGUGGGUGCGAGGCGGUGAUAUAUCAGAUCUUCUCUCGGAGGAAAAUACGAUGUGGGUUUCGCAUCGAAAGUUCUAUCCCAUGGCGGAGAGAGAAGCAUUUGUGAUAGCUGCAACGAGUGUGCCUAGCUCAGAAACUCCAAACUGUGGCGUUGAUGAGUUCGAAUGUGGAAACUCGGUCUGUCUUGAUGGAGAUGUAGAGUGCAACUUCUUUCCAGAGUGUGCAGACGAAAGCGACGAACUAGAGUGCGAUGGUUGUAACACCACAAGCUACAUCACUGCAGCUUACAAUUCAUCCUUCUCAAUUUUCUCAACCGCUUCUCUGAGAACCCACGACGAUUCGUCUUGCUUCUGGUCCGUCAUCGGCCCCUCAGAUUCACACAUCGCCGUCCACAUACUGCAGUACCAACUGGAGGCAAACGCUAGGAUUAUUUUUGGAUACUAUGACGGGGGGUUACCAAAAUCCCUGGCUGAUUUUGGAGAAGGACCACUCGAUCCUAGGCAUUUACUGUUCAAGCGGGAUUCCAUCCGUAUUUGGUAUUACGUUAAUGCUUCAUCUUCAUUCCAUCUCGCCAUUGAGGCAUUACGCCCGAGUGAUUAUGUUGAGUGCGAGGUGUACCCAUAUAUCUAUCUCCAUGAUGAGGCCUGUGACCGUGUUCUGCAGUGCCCGAACGGGGAUGACGAAAUGAAUUGUGAGUGUCAGCCAGAUGAGCAUCAGUGCCAGAAUAGCAUCUGCGUGAGUCCUGCCGAAGCUGACUGCAACGGAAUGGCGGAAUGUCGGGAUUACUCGGAUGAAGGAACUGCGUGUUAUGAGGGUUACUGCACAGCUAUUGAGGACAACCCGUGUGCAGCCGUCCUGCCCUACAACAUGACAUUCUUUCCGAACGACUUUGUACUCUCCCUACGCAACGCAGAGGACCUCAUAGCCGAACGCCUCGACCAGUUCAUGACCAACUGCUCAGCGGACGACAGGCUCGCCCUGUGCAUGUCGAUGUUUCCCGAAUGCCCGCGCUUCGGUCCCGAACGCAGGGUGUGUGCAUCGUUGUGCUCGGAUGCAGUGCAGUGUCUUGGUUUGGGUGCGAACUUUAUGGGCCUGCAAUGUGAUGUUUACCCAGACAAUGGCGUCUUGUCAACCUCUGAUGGUUGCUUGUAUGACGAUGCUGAUAUCUUGGGCAUCGGUGACUGUGGGCGUCGGCCAGCUGCCUCUCCUGAUCUCAAUCCGUAUAGUCGAAUUAUUAACGGAGCCGAGUCGCACAUCGCCAACUGGCCGUGGAUUGCGUCCAUGCGCUGGCCCGGGGGAUACCACGGAUGCGCUGCAACGCUGAUUACAACGCAGUGGGCACUCACAGCAGCACAUUGCGUCCCAUUAUUGCCUAGUCUGGUGUUCGGGAGUUCGACUCUAGUGCUUCCGCCGAACUACCCCCACGUCCGCGGCAUCGCCAAAACGGUCCCACACCCCAGAUACACGCUGGCUAGUAUCAUGGACGACAUCGCGCUGGUGAAGCUUGCUGCCCCUGUAGAGUUUAGUGACACCAUCCGCCCAGCUUGUCUUGAGUACGAGGGAGACGAAGAGGAAAAAUACGACAAGUGUCAUGUCGUUGGCUGGGGCCUCACGGAACACGGCAACCCUUAUAGCAUUUCACCAGUGUUGAAAGAGGGGCGUGUGCCUUUGGUAACACCGGAGGUGUGCAAGAAUUUGAUCAAGAACAGGCUGUUCGUCUCGACUCACCAGAUCUGCGCCGGCUUGGCGAGAGACCGCAACGGAACGUGCCAUGGAGAUAGCGGCGGACCGCUCAUCUGCCAAGCUGCUGACGGACGCUGGAAGUUGGUAGGAAUUACGAGCGCUGGAGUCAUUUGUGGUGGAGAGGACACAACUGAGGUGUAUACCAGAGUCUCCAAGUACAUUGAUUUCAUCCGGCACACCAUAGCAUCAGACAGUGACGAUUGUUCGCCGGACGAGUUCCAGUGUGGAAAUUCUGUGUGCAUCGGUGAAGACAAGCAGUGCAACGAAUUCAGAGAUUGUCCGGACGGUCUGGACGAGGCUGAGUGUGAUGGGUGCAAUACGACCAGCUCCAUACAAGCCAGCUUCAACUCGACCUUCUCCAUCUACUCAGCACCACCGUUGAGGUUCAACCUACAGCAAUGCGUGUGGUACGUCAGGGCGCCAGACAACGCCCAUAUAGCCAUUCACAUAAUAGACUACCACCUUUCGGCUGCCUCUUCCGUCUCUUUUGGCUACGGAUGGGAGCCCCUUUCCGAGACCGUCGAGGGGAUUUUGAGAGACGGACCUCACGAUAGAGGGCACUUGGGCUUUAGAUAUGAUCGCUUGUGGAUCUUUUAUUUCCCAGCUUCCCCAUCAGAUUUUCAUCUGGGUAUCCAAGCCGUUACCAGUGAUGAUUACCUCAACUGCGAAGCUCACCCAUAUAUCUACCUGAACAACGAGAGGUGCGACCGUGUUUCGCAGUGCCCCAACGGUGAUGACGAGAAAGAUUGCGAAUGCAUUGCCGAAGAGCACGAAUGUGGCAAUGGUAUAUGCGUGAGUCCUGCAGACGCACAAUGCAACGGCGUGGUGGAAUGUGCAGACUUUUCGGAUGAGGGACUUGAUUGCUACGACAAUUACUGCGUGGAGAUCGCGAAUGCUGUGUGCUCAGCCGUCUUACCUUACAACAUGACGUUCUUCCCGAAUGACUUCGUGGUAUCUCAUCAACAAGCUAACGACUCCAUCACCGAAUACCUGCCUCAACUCACGACCAACUGCACCGAGAGUGAGAGACUUGCUCUGUGUAUGUCGUUCUUCCCGGAGUGUCCUCAGUUUGGUGCUCAACGUAGAGUCUGCGCCUCAUUUUGCCUGGAAGCUUUAGAGUGCAUCGGAUUGGAAGAUGGCGCUACCGCACUGCAGUGCGGUGUGUAUCCUGACAGAGGUGUAUUGUCGACACCAGAAGGUUGUAACUACGAUGAUAGAGAUAUUCUGCAGACAGGUGAAUGUGGCACUCGCCCCGCAGCCUCCCCGUUCUUGAACCCCUACAGUCGGAUCAUUGACGGGGUCGAAACUCACAUCGCCAACUGGCCCUGGAUUGCUUCGUUCCGGUACCUGAACGGCUUUCAUGGCUGCGGGGCCGUCCUGAUCAAACCACAGUGGGCCAUAACGGCCGCGCACUGCGACGGUCAGAGUUAUUUAGUAUUCGGCAUUUCUACACAUGAGCGUCCCCCAAUGUACCCCCACGUCCGACAGGUUGUCAAAAGGAUCAGCCACCCUGGCUGGAAAGGGUCUAACUACCACGACGACAUCGCGCUCCUCAAGCUCGACACACCGGUACAGUUCACCGACACCAUCCGCCCAGCUUGCCUCGAGUACGAAGGGAAUGAGGAGGAGAAAUACGACACCUGCCAUGUCGUUGGCUGGGGCAAAACCGACGAAGCACUUGACACCACUUCGCCGGUUCUGAAGGAGGCGCGGGUACCACUGAUUCCACUGGAGCAGUGCCUGAGUUACGAUAUCAAAAGGUUCCUGUUUUUGUCCUCCAGUCAGAUUUGUGCGGGAGUCGACGGUGGAAAUUCAACGUGUAGGGGAGACAGUGGUGGCCCAUUGAUAUGCCGGGGCUCAAACGGACGUUGGAAUUUAGUCGGACUCACGAGCACGGUAACGGUUUGCAGAGGGUUCCAAACUCCUGCUGUUUACACAAGGAUAUCUCAAUAUAUUGAUUUCAUCAGACGCACAAUCGCGUCAGACGGAGAAUAACAUGCUGUAUGUACACUCAAUCAAAAUAGAAAGUCCCCCUUCUAAUUCUUUUUGUGUAACUUAAAAACUAAUGAGCGCCUCUCUCUCAAAUAACGAAUCAGUACAGGAACUAUAGCAAUCCAGCCAUACUCUUCAUCUGGCCCAAAACAGUGAUUGAUAAUGAAUACGAAUUUAUGCAGUUUAUGACAAAUGAUACCGAAAACAGUGUCACUUGUGUAUACGUGCAAGUUGUGUUUCACUCUCACC